AUGUCUCAUAGAUUGAAAGUUGGGGUAGAUUUUGGAACUACGUUCUCAGGAGUCGCUUGGAACUUCACAGGAGCUCAAGAGGACGUUAUCAUCAUCCGAGAGUGGCCAGGGGCACUUCGCUCAUCAGAUAAAGUACCCAGUGAGAUUGUGUAUGACAGCUUAGGAGAGGUAUCCAAAUGGGGAUUCCAAAUCAAGACCGGAGAAGAGAGACUUGCAUGGAUCAAGCUUCUCCUUGAGCCGACUAAAUACAUUUCGAACAAUAGGACAAUCAAUUCUACCAGGAGCUUAAUUUUCGAUCAAAAUACAAAAGAGCCAGUGGAUGUAGUAGCGGAUUAUUUAACAUGUUUGAGAAAACAUGCUAUUCAUUGUAUCCAGAACACUUAUGGGAAAGCAUUCGUUGAUGCGACACCCAUCGAUUAUAUCUUGACUGUUCCAGCUAUUUGGUCUGAUAAUGCAAAGGAAUUGACUCUACAAGCAGCGGAGACUGCGGGAUUUGGAGAUAGGACUACACUCCAACUCGUGUCAGAACCUGAUGCCGCUGCUGCGUGGACUCUUCUGAGAGACCUGAAAAGUAAUUUUCUUCAGAUCAAUGACGCAUUCGUCAUUGUGGACUGUGGUGGUGGCACCGUUGACCUUAUUUCAUAUCAGGUCACAGAAACGAGUCCAAAUAUCACAGUCAAAGAGUGUGCCGCAGGUACUGGAGGUUUAUGUGGCUCAACCUUUCUCAAUGGAAACUUCGAGAAUAUGGUCCGGUCCCGCCUAGGAAGAAGAUUCGAGGCAUUAAGUCCUCGCAAACGGAAUGACAUAAUGAAGAAGUUUGAGGAAGAGCUGAAGCGGAAUUUCACGGACUCAGAUGACGACGAUGAGAUAUACUGCCCUGUUGGUGGAAUUCCGGAUGAUCCUAUCGCUGGAAUUGAUGGUGGUGAUCUUAUUAUUACUAGGGAAGAGAUGAAAGAAAUCUUUGACCCUGUUAUUGAUAAGAUUAUUCCCCUCGUCGAAAACCAGGUUAGGAAUGUUGAAGCAAAAUCAUCUCAAGGGUUAAGGCUCACGUCUAUACUCCUUGUCGGGGGCUUCGGGAGCUCUAAAUAUCUAUUAAAACGGAUUGAAAAGGAAGUGAGAAGGGCUGACAUGUCACCAAUAGAGAUCAUUCAGCCGGCCAACGCAUGGAGCGCCGUCGCUCGGGGCGCCGCAAUUGGUCUCCGCAUAUCGACUCGUACAUCGCGUCGACAUUACGGAAUUAUGUACUGUGCGAAUACGAUGGCAUGGUUUAUCAAUGAGGGCAACGAAGUCUCAGAAGAGAAACCCAUCUCCCUCCGAUUUUUUCAUACAGCGCGAACAGACAUGCCUAUGAUGUUUACCACUGAACUCUACGCUGCUGAGAUGGGACCGGCUCCUUCAUACUUGAAUUCACCAAUCAAUCCUGCGAGAAUCUUGUGCCACUUAGAAUCAGACUUGAGCAUGCUCCCAACGAGCGAGUUCACUAAAAGAAUGGGGUUGGAUUCGCAGGAAUACUACGAAAUCAACUUGGAGUUCGUCUUGACGAUGAAGUCAGCAAUGAUCUUGACUUUUGAGCAGAUGUUUAAAGGGAAGCGUUAUGGAUACAUGUGGCAAAAGGGCAGCCUGCCAUGGCAGAUGGCCAAAGCUAUGCCGCCUAACCCGCCCAUCACAUGCCCUUCUCAACUGAUCACUAAAUACACUUUGACCUUGAUCUCGCAUUUUUAG